AGCGCAGCGGCAGCCGAAUGACGAACUUGAAGUAUGGUUUCGGCUACCCAGGUCACGGUGAUGUGCUGAAGGUAGCUUCACUCUCAAGUUAUCAUGGUCACUAAAGCAUCUUUGGACGAAGACGAUAUUGGCUGGGGACUUGGUAUCUCAGAAAAGAUGGAAAAAAUUAAUGCAAACUGGGUUGACAUUACCAAGCAAUUCAAGGAUUGCUGUAAAGAACUUAAAUUGGGUGAACUACUACACGACAAACUCUUUGGUCUAUUUGAAGCCAUGUCUGCAAUUGAGAUGAUGGAUCCAAAGAUGGAUGCAGGAAUGAUUGGAAACCAGGUUAAUCGUAAGGUACUCAACCUGGAGCAGGCGAUCAAGGAUGAAACAAUUACAAUCAAGGGUCUAACCUUGCCUGAACUGAUAGGUAUAAUGGAUACAUGCUUCUGUUGUUUGAUAACAUGGCUAGAAGGGCAUUCUUUGGCCCAGACAGUCUUCACGUGUCUUUAUGUUCAUAAUCCAGACUUAAUUGAGGAUUCUGCUAUGAAAGCUUUUGCUCUGGGCAUCCUAAAGAUCUGUGACAUUGCCAGAGAAAAAGUCAACAAAGCAGCUGUUUUUGAAGAAGAGGAUUUCCAAUCAAUGACUUAUGGCUUCAAAAUGGCCAAUAAUGUUACAGAUCUGAGAGUUACAGGCAUGUUAAAAGAUGUAGAAGAUGAUUUACAAAGAAGAGUGAAGAGCACCAGAAGUCGGCAAGGAGAAGAACGCAAUCCAGAGGUUGAACUUGAACAUCAACAAUGUACAGCAGUUUUCAGUAGGAUAAAAUUUACUCGGUUAUUAUUGACAGCCCUGAUUGCUUUUACAAAGAAAGAGAUGAGUGCAAUAAGUGAAGCCCAGAAGCUUAUGACUCAAGCUUCUGAUCUUCUUCCUGCUGUACAAAACUCCAUCCACCAUGGCAUUCAGGCCCAAAAUGAUACUACAAAAGGAGAUCAUCCUAUAAUGAUGGGAUUUGAACCACUGGUGAAUCAGAGAUUGUUACCGCCAACAUUCCCUCGCUAUGCAAAAAUUAUAAAACGAGAGGAUAUGGUCAACUAUUUUGCUAAACUUAUAGAGCGAAUAAAGAUGGUUUGUGAGGUUGUCAACUUGACAAACUUGCACAAUAUUUUGGACUUCUUCUGUGAAUUUAGUGAACAGUCGCCUUGUGUGCUCUCUAGGUCUUUGUUACAGGCAACUUUCUUGGUUGAUAACAAAAAGGUGUUUGGUAUACAUCUGAUGCAAGAUAUAAUCAAAGAUGCUUUGAGAUAUUUUGUCAGUCCUCCUGUGCUUUCGUCUAAAUGUUGCCUUUACAAUAAUCACCAAGCAAAGGAUUAUAUAGACUCAUUUGUUACUCACUGUGUUCGGCCAUUUUGUAGUUUGAUCCAGAUUCAUGGACACAACAGAGCUCGCCAGAGGGAUAAACUUGGCCACAGCCUAGAAGAAUUUGCUACUCUUCAGGAUGAGGCUGAAAAGGUGGAUGCGGCGCUCCAUAGCAUGUUAGUGAAACAGGAACCACAGAGGCAGCAUCUGGCAUGCUUAGGAACAUGGAUCCUCUACCAUAACCUUCGAAUCAUGAUCCAAUACUUGUUGAGUGGCUUCGAAUUGGAACUCUAUAGCAUGCAUGAAUACUACUAUGUCUACUGGUAUCUAUCAGAAUUCCUGUAUGCUUGGCUGAUAUCAACUCUGAGCCGUGCUGACUCCUCUCAAAUGGCAGAGGAGCGGAUUGUAGAGGAACAACAGAAAGGACGCAGCAGCAAAAAGACAAAAAAGAAAAAGAAAGUUCGACCUCUGAGCAAAGAGAUCACCUUGAGCCAGGCUUAUCAUAAUAUGUGUGCUGGAAUGUAUAAGACUAUGAUAGCCUUUGAUAUGGAUGGAAAAGUGAGAAAGCCAAAAUUUGAAUUGGAUAGUGAACAAGUUCGAUAUGAACACAGAUUUGCCCCAUUCAACAGCGUUCUCACUCCUCCACCAGUGCAUUACCUACAGUUUAAGGAAAUGUCUGACCUCAACAAGUACACUCCCCCUCCUCAAUCUUCCGACCUUUACAUAGCUGCUAGUAAACACUUCCAGCAGGCUAAGAUGAUACUGGAAAACAUCCCAAACCCAGACAAUGAGGUAAAUAGAAUUUUGAAAGUUGCAAAACCUAAUAUUGUGGUGAUGAAGCUGCUUGCAGGAGGCCACAAGAAAGAGUCUAAGGUUCCUCCAGAAUUCGAUUUUUCUCUUCACAAAUACUUUCCAGUCGUCAAGUUAAUUUAAGUUCAGUGGAAAUAAUGGCUGUGGAUGCAGUUUGUAUAUUGAGCUGCGGUUCAAGACUUGAAAGAUUUUGCUCCAGGUGUGAUGAUAAUCCAGAAUGCUAGAAAAGGUCUGUGUAAAAUUCAGGGCCUUUGCGCAUCAACAGCAUGUGCUGCUGUACUGUUAAUUUAAAAAAAUAAAAUUGUUUUGUUGAUAAUAA